AUGGAAUGUUGGGACGCAGUAAGAGCUACAUCGAUUACAUCAGAAGAUGCUGUCAUGCCAGCACUUAAACGUCGUGGAUGGAAAACAAUUCGAUUAUUUGUAUCUUCUACAUUUAAAGAUUUUCAUGCAGAGAGAGAAGUCCUUGUUAAGCAGGUCUUUCCUGAAUUAAGAAUAUGGUGUGAAAAGCUAAAGCUGCAUUUAAUCGAAUGCGAUUUAAGAUGGGGCGUUCCUAAAGAGGCAACGUCUGAAGAAACAUUACGUAUUUGUCUUGGUGAAAUUGAUCGUUGCUAUGAAGAUAAUCAGUGGCCUUUUUUUCUGAAUCUUUCCAGCCAUCGCUCGGGUUGGAUUCCGGGUAAAUCUGAUGUACCCCAAUACUUGGCGAGAGAAUAUGGUUGGAUUUUUGGUACUUCUAUCACAGAAAUGGAAAUUAUUCAUGGUGCAUUUCGUCGAGCAAACCCAAACGCAUUAUUUCUUAUUCGUGAUCCAGAAUUCAUAACAUCUAUACCGAACAAUUUUAAAAAUGAUUUUACCGAAUCAUCUGAAGAAGCAUUGCAAAAGAUGAAGCUCCUAAAGACAUGUAUCAAAGGGAGAUUUCCGGAUUCACGUGUGGUAAGUUAUAGCUGCUCCUUUAAUGGAAUCGAUGAAAUUAACGGUACUAUUCGAGUUCAAGGUUUAGGACCAGAAUCGACUUUUGUCAUUGAAUUUUUUAAGGCUAGAAUUAGUUAUCAAUAUCCUCUGGAUAAGUCUAAAAUGGAUCCAUUAGAAACUAUUCGAGAAGCCCAUGAGUCCUUCCUCAAUACUCGAUCAUCAACAGUUUUAGGCCGUGACACCAUUUUAGAAAAGAUUCAAGAAUAUAUCAUGGCCCCAGCGUCCGGCUUACCGAUGGUUAUCAUUGGUGUUGCAGGGGCUGGCAAGAGUGCAGUGAUGGCAAGAAGUGCUGCCACAACUGUUGCUAAAGCUCUUAACAAUGAUAUACCAGGCAAUAAAGGUUGGAAUGUCUUCUAUCAUUUUAUUGGAGCAGCGCCUGGUUCCACUGAUCUUGGAUUCAUGUUACAAAGAAUGCUAAAAGAAAUAAAAUAUAUUGUAAGUAAAGGAGAAAUGCCGGCGGAUACAGAGUCACUUGUUAGACUAUCAAACACUACCUUAGGAAAUCCUAACCUGGAACCAACAAUUUUAUUUUUCGAUGCCCUAAACCAACUCGAUAAAAGUAAGGAUGCUGAACAAGUUAGCUGGUUACCUCUUGCUUUAUCGCCUAAUGUGCGAAUUAUAUGCUCUGUCAUCAACGAUACGCCUUGCCAUCGCAGCCUGUCUAGUCGAACCAAUCGUCCUAAAGAUAUUUUAUGUGGCCCAUUAGAUUUAUCAAGUAGACGGGAAAUUGUCGAUCAAGUUUUAACGAAAUUCAAUAAGAGAUUAGACCCUACACAAAUGGACUUGCUACUAUCGAAAGAAGCUUCUGCGAAUCCUCUUUGGUUAUCGAUAGCUUGUGAAGAAUUAAGAGUCUUUGGUUUAUUUAGUAAAGUAACUGAGAUGAUAAAAGGAUUAGCUGAUGGGCUACUAGAACUACUAGAGCAAGUGUUAACGCGUUUCGAAGAAGAAAGUGGUGGUCACUUAAUGGUUGCAACACUUUGCUUUCUUGAAUGUUCCCGUCAUGGACUAUUAUUAGAGCAAGUUUUAACACGCUUCGAAGAGGAAAGUGGUGGACAUUUAAUGGUUGCAACCUUGUGCUUUCUGGAAUGUUCGCGUCAUGGAUUACUAGAAAGAGAGUUACUUGAAUUACUUGGAGAAGAUGAAACGCUGAGACCUCCUAGUGAAAAAGAUUUUACUGAGAAAGGUCCUGACGCGGCACAAGAGAUUUCGAAAAGGGAAAAUAGUGAUAAAGAUACUGCAUUAGCGAAUGAUUUAUCGAAAAAGCUGCAUGUUACCGUGGAAGAGACUUACCGUAAAACUGACUUUGACAAGAAAUUUGAUGACGAAUUUGAUAUAGAUGGUUUGCUUAUGAUUCAUUUCUUGCAUCUGAAAUAG